AUGAGCAACAUACAAGCUUUAUGCAUCGAAUCAUUGCCUGAUGAAAUCUUCUUGAGCAUACUCAGUUACUUCUAUUUCGACGAACUGUUUCCACCAUGGCAUCAAACUGAUUUGAAGGAUGAUAGUAGCGAUGACGACGAGCAAGGUGGAAAGGUGAAGUAUCUGUCAAAGUGGGGUGAUACAAUUGCCUGCUUUAAGGAUUAUCGUGCAGAGCAUGAAAACUAUAAAGGCACCAUCGAAGGACAAUAUUCCAAUAUUUGUUCUGCCAAUUUUCCAUAUUUACAGCGUCUUGACAUCAGUAACUACGAAACGCCGUUUCCUUUUUGGGAACGAAUUCUUUUCAAAGAUAAUCCUUUUCCAUUUCUUACAACGAUUACUGGAGUGCAGUUGGAGGAAGAUGAAAAUUUUCAAAUGGAUAAAACAACCAAUACUAUGAUUCAACAUGUUGGAUUUUCUCAUCAAUUGAAAUUACCGUUUGCACCUUUUAUUACCUUCAUCUCUCGUUUGCCCAAUUUAAUAUCAUUGCGAGCCAAUGUGGCAGAAUUUACAAGAGCUGUACUUCCACCUCAAAUUANGAGCAUUCGUCAAUAUGUGAAAAACCAUUGA